GUUUCCGGUCGUACUCGGAAGCAGGGUUCCCAGCCGCGGCUGGGAAGGUUGGCCGUCGGCCGCGCUGUAGGUUUCUUUUAAAACCGCUCGCCGCCGGAGCCCGUCAGCAGCCAACAUGUCCAACAGAAACAACAACAAGCUCCCCAGCAACCUGCCGCAGUUGCAGAAUCUGAUCAAGCGGGACCCGCCGGCCUAUGUGGAGGAGUUUCUACAGCAGUAUAAUCACUAUAAAUCCAAUGUGGAGAUUUUCAGAUUACAACCAAAUAAACCUAGCAAAGAAUUGGCAGAGCUGGUGAUGUUUAUGGCUCAGAAUAAUUGAAAUAUGUGCCUGUGAAUUACAGGAGAAAAAGAGAGACUUGAGAAGAGUGUUUGUUUUGUUACAGAUUGGUCACUGCUACCCAGAACAUUUAAGUAACUUUCCUCAAGAGUUGAAAGAUCUCCUCUCCUACAAUCACACUGUCUUGGAUCCAGAUCUUCGAAUGACAUUUUGCAAAGCUUUGAUCUUGCUGAGAAAUAAGAAUCUCAUCAGUCCAUCAAGUUUGCUAGAACUUUUCUUUGAACUUCUGCGUUGCCAUGAUAAGCUUCUGCGAAAGACUUUAUACACGCAUAUCGUGACUGAUAUCAAAAAUAUAAAUGCAAAACACAAGAACAAUAAAGUGAAUGUAGUGUUGCAGAAUUUCAUGUACACCAUGCUGAGAGACAGCAAUGCAACUGCAGCCAAGAUAUCCUUGGAUGUGAUGAUUGAACUCUACAGAAGAAACAUCUGGAACGAUGCCAAAACUGUCAAUGUGAUCACAACUGCGUGUUUCUCUAAGGUCACCAAGAUAUUAGUUGCUGCUUUGACAUUCUUUCUUGGGAAAGAUGAAGAGGAGAAACAGGACAGCGACUCAGAAUCUGAGGAUGAAGGACCAACAGCAAGAGACCUGCUAGUGCAGUAUGCCACAGGGAAGAAAAGCUCCAAAAAUAAGAAAAAGUUGGAAAAGGCUAUGAAAGUGCUCAAGAAACAAAAGAAGAAGAAGAAACCAGAGGUGUUUAACUUUUCAGCUAUUCACUUGAUUCAUGAUCCCCAAGAUUUUGCAGAAAAACUGCUGAAGCAGCUAGAGAGCUCUAAGGAGAGGUUUGAAGUGAAGAUGAUGCUCAUGAACCUCAUUUCCAGAUUGGUGGGAAUUCAUGAGCUUUUUCUCUUCAACUUCUAUCCCUUUGUGCAAAGGUUUUUGCAGCCCCACCAAAGAGAAGUAACAAAGAUCCUUCUGUUUGCUGCACAAGCGUCUCAUCACUUAGUACCCCCAGAGAUCAUUCAAUCAUUGCUCAUGACUGUGGCCAACAAUUUUGUUACCGACAAGAACUCUGGGGAAGUCAUGACAGUAGGAAUCAAUGCUAUAAAGGAGAUAACAGCUCGAUGUCCUUUAGCAAUGACUGAAGAACUUCUCCAAGACUUGGCUCAGUAUAAAACUCACAAAGAUAAGAAUGUAAUGAUGUCUGCUAGAACUUUGAUUCAGCUUUUCCGUACCCUAAAUCCUCAGAUGUUACAGAAGAAAUUCCGGGGUAAGCCUACAGAGGCCUCCAUAGAAGCAAGAGUACAAGAAUAUGGAGAAUUAGAUGCUAAAGAUUACAUCCCGGGAGCAGAAAUUCUGGAAGUUGAAGAAGAAGAGAAUGCCGAAAACAACGAAGAUGGGUGGGAAAGUGCCAGUCUCAGUGAGGAGACAGAUGACGACGGUGAGUGGAUUGACGUACACCACUCUUCUGAUGAAGAACAGCAAGAAAUCUCCAGGAAGCUGGAGGGCAUGCCUGCAGAGGAGCGGAAAGCCAAAGCUGCAGCUGUCAGCACCAGCCGAGUUUUAACUCAGGAGGACUUCCAGAAAAUCCGCCUGGCCCAAAUGAGGAAAGAACUCAGCGCUGCCCCUGGGAAAGCCGAAAAGAGGAAAUAUAUCGAAAUAGACAGUGAUGAAGAUUCCAGGGGCGAGUUACUUUCUCUUCGGGACAUUGAACGCCUUCAUAAAAAGCCAAAGUCUGACAAGGAGACAAGACUAGCAACUGCAAUGGCUGGAAAGACAGACCGAAAAGAAUUUGUAAGGAAGAAAACCAAAAUGAAUCCAUUUUCCAGUUCCACAAAUAAAGAGAAGAAAAAACAGAAAAACUUUAUGAUGAUGCGGUAUAGUCAUAAUGUCCGCUCAAAAACUAAGCGUUCCUUCCGAGAAAAGCAGUUGGCACUACGAGAUGCACUUUUGAAAAAGAGAAAAAGAAUGAAGUAACCUGUACAAGCAAGUUUUCCGUUCCAAGGAGAAUGCUAAAUUUGUGUCGUUACUCUGAAAAUUAAUAAAUCAAGAAUGUUUACAUUAAAAAGUCCAGAAACACUAUACUGUGAAAACCAAAGUAAA